CCCCGGAGCGCGCCGGGAGCGGUUGGAGUCCCGCAUGGCCCGGAGCUCAACUGCGCUACUGCUGUCGCCUCUGAUGCUCCUGCUGCUGGCGACCCCGGCGCAGGUCUCCCCCGACUACCAUUACUUCGGCGAGCAGGGCAAAGGCGACACUUGGGAGCAGCUGCGGCUGCAGCUUCUGGGGAAAGGAACUAAGAAGUUCUGGAUUCCUGAUAAAAGAAUCAAGUUAAGGCAUGGUGAGCAAGAGGAAGUGUGCCGAAGCAGGACUAGAAGACCGGUUUGCGCAGCUAACCACCCAGAGAGGACAAACACAUGGGGACAGGUGAAGCGCCUAUGCCAGGAAGGGGAACAUCUUGUGACUGACCAUGGAAGGCCCUGUAAUUAAUGACUCUAAUUGGAUGCCUGGACUUUUUAAAGAUCGUGGGCCUAUGAAACCAGAUGAAGAAGGGACAAGAAUGUACAACUAUUCGACAGGAGUUACUGGAAUGCCUGUGUGCCUGGGACUGGACGCAGAGGACUCCAUCCUUGGCCCAUGGGGAAAGUGGCGCUGUCUGUGCGACCUGGGCACGCAGGAGCGCAGCCGCGAGGUGCUGGGCACAGCGCCAGACCCGGUGUUCAUGGACCGCGAGGACCUGGUGCAGGUGCUGCCCUGCCGGCAACGCGAUUGUUCAUCCUGCAAGCCAAUGGACUGCGACUGGAGGCCCUGAGUCCGGGCCCCAUGGUUUACGCCAUUUGUUAUUGUCCCAUGUCGCGCCUAGCAGAUCUGGAGGCCUUGAAAGUGGCAGGGUCAAGUAUAAUCUGAACUCUCUGUCCCAUGAUACAGCCGCUGGGCUGGUGCAGUAUGCAUUGGACCAGGGCGUCAACGUUGCUCAGGUAUUUGUGGACACUGUGGGAAUGCCAGAGACAUACCAAGAGCGGCUGCAGCAGCGCUUUCCCGGCAUUGAGGUGACAGUCAAGGCCAAGGCAGAUGCUCUCUAUCCCGUGGUCAGCGCUGCCAGCAUCUGUGCCAAGGUGGCCCGAGACCAGGCCGUGAAGAACUGGCAGUUUGUGGAAAAACUACAGGACCUGGACACUGAUUAUGGCUCAGGCUACCCCAAUGAUCCCAAGACGAAAGCAUGGUUGAGGAAGAACGUGGAGCCCGUGUUUGGCUUUCCCCAGUUUGUCCGGUUCAGUUGGCGCACGGCCCAGAGCAUCCUGGAGAAGGAGGCGGAAGGUGUUACGUGGGAGGACUUGCCAACAGGGGAUCAGGAAGGACAAGGGAGGAUUACAUCCUAUUUCAACGAAAAGCCAGGAAACCGCCCCCAUCUCCCCCACCGGUACUUCCAGGAACGUGGCCUAGAGUCAGCGACCACUCUCUAAGAGCCAGCCUGUACCCUUUUUACCUUCAGUUUGUGAUUAAAAUUGCUUAAGGAAAGCCA